CUCUGCUCUGAGUAUGAGAGCUGGGCCGGAGCCCUGUGUGCAGCAUUCUUAACAAAACCAGUCUUUGGGUGUAUACGACGUGUUCAAAAUGUCUGAGGACUCUUUGCAAAGUGCAAAUUCUGUUUACAAGUCCUCAAACCAUAUUCAAUCAGAUUUUGAACAGGAAUCCUUACUGGGAGAACAUCGAGUAAAACCAUAUUACACCCAUAAGCCAGUGGACCAUUACAACUGCACAUACAUUAUAUUUUUCAUUCUUGGGGUUGGGGCUUCAUUGCCCUGGAACUUUUUUUGCACUGCAAAACACUACUGGAUAUUUAAGUUCAGAAACUGCACAGACGCACCACUGAUAGAGCGGCACGAUGUCUCCGACAUAAGUGACUACUUUGAAAGCUAUUUCUCCAUUGCCUCUGCUGUUCCAUCAGUGCCAUGCCUCAUAUUGAAUUUCUUUCUUGUCAACAGAGUUUCUUCCAAAGUGCGAAUCCUUUCUUCUUUAGUGGUCAUGCUGCUAAUUUUUAUACUGACCGCAGUGCUGGCAAAAAUUGAUACAUCUGCUUGGACUAAGGAAUUCUUUGUAUUGACUCUAUCAUGUGUGGUCAUUCUCAGUGGUGCAUCGAACAUUCUCGCUGCCAGCAUCUUUGGUGUGACUGGACAGUUCCCAAUGAAAAAUUCCCAGGCUUUAAUAUCUGGUCAGGCAAUGGGCGGCACUAUAAGUGCACUGGCAGCCAUAUUAGACCUGACAGUAGCAUCCAAUGUCACUGACAGCGCUCUGGCUUAUUUCCUUACUGCAGUCAUUUUCACACUAAUAUGCAUCAUUAUGUAUCUGAUUCUUCCCAGAAUGGAAUAUUCCAGGUAUUACUUGAACAUCUCUAAUGACAGACCCCCCAGUUCUUCACUGGAAAGUGCUUCUGCUGGAAACAGUCAUUCUACGUUGGAAGGAAACUCUCCACCAAUAGGCCCCAUCCUGAGAAAGGUCAGAGUGCUAGCCACUUGCUUGUUCUAUAACUUCUUCAUCAGCAUCAUCAUCUUCCCAACCAUCUCUGCAAGCAUAGAGUCUGUUAACAGUGAAAGUGGCAGCAUCUGGACAACUAAAUAUUUCACUCCGAUCACAUGUUUCUUCAUCUAUAAUUUUGCUGACUUUUGUGGACGGCAGAUAACAGCAUGGAUCCAGAGCCCUGGGCCAAACAGCAAGAUCCUGCCAACCCUGGUUUUUCUCCGUACCUUAUUUAUUCCCUUGUUUAUGUUCUGCAAUUACCAACCCCGAAAGCACAUCAAUAAAGUGCUUUUUCAGAGUGAUGUCUACCCAGUACUUUUUAUUUCACUCCUUGGGUUAAGCAAUGGAUACCUUGGAACACUCUCAAUGAUAUAUGGUCCAAAAGUUGUCCCCAAGGAGUUGGCUGAAGGCACUGCCAUAAUUAUGUCUUUCUUUUUAGGUUUAGGCUUGGCUGUGGGAUCAGCAUUCUCUUCCCUUGCUCAGUUAAUUUAGACUUUUAGCAGUCAGCCAUUCCUUGAGUAUUAGAGGACCAGUAUUUUGUCACCAUUUUCCUUAAGAUUGAAACUUAAUUAGAAUUUUAUGUGAAAAGGACCUUAACAGAAAGCAAAAUAAGUGCUUGUUUGUGCAUGAGAAAAUGUUUUCAUGCUUUUACAUGUUUUUAUAAUUGCGUUACCUUACUGAGUCAUGUCUAUUAUGAUUUGAAGUUUUUAUAUGUACAAUUUUUAUAAUUGCAUAAAAAGCAUAUAUUUUGUGUAAGAAUAGCUAGUAAUUAAUAUUUACAAAAUUAUUUUGGUGCUUUAAUGCAAGGUAUAGAUCAGAGAGGUUUGAAUGGCAGAUUCUACAGAAUCCUCGGAAUUGUAGUUGACGUUCCACUGUUUGGACAUUCAUGGUACAGAUGAAAUGGACACAUAAAUAACGUCUGAAGCUAAUUUAACUGUUGUGCCAUAAUGAUUUUUAUGUAUGCACUUUUUUAAAUUCAAAGGAAAUUGGAGACAUUUCGUUCUGCUCUUCCUUGAUCUGCUCGGUUUUGUUUACAAAGAGGUAGUGAGAUUUUCACAAAAGCCACACAAUCUAAACGAAGGCAGCUUUUCUUUGGCUAUUCAUAAAGCCAUAGGAAAUACCUCUGGCUAUAUUUGUUAUGGCUAUGGAUACACAUACGCGUUUUUUAAAAAAAGCCGACCGCUGCGUAAAUACGCUUAGAGGUUCCGCUAGUGUAUUUAUGCAUCAUUCAACUUCUUUAAAAACCGCGGGCGGAAAACCGUAUGUGUCCAUAGCCUAACCGAAGCACAAUAAAUAAGAGUUGUCCUCAGAUUUCAUUAGGUCUAUUAUAAUUUAAAGAAAACCAUCUUUUCUCACUAACAGAUCAUGUUGUUUUUAACCUUAUUACCUUCUAUAUAAAAAUAGGAACAUGUCGGUAUCGGUGAAAAGAAGCUGCACGCAAACUAUAACGGCGACCCUCAGACAACAUUAAAUCAUCUUACUGAGUUGUUUUAGUCACACCAGGCUGGGGGCUGUUUGAUCCCUCGAUAGGCUAAAUACAAAUGAAAACAAGACUCCAGCCUAUGGAGGGAUCGCGCCGACCGCAGCCGAGCGUGACUGAAACAACUCAGCAAGAUGGUUUAAUGGUGUUAGAGGGUCGCCGUUACUAAGGUUCGCGGGGCUGGGGGCGGCUUAUAUUUCAAUUGCAGCUUCUAUUUACUGAUACUGACACAUUCCUAUUUUUAUAGGAACGUGUCAGUAUAACUUUAAUUUAGAAAUCAGAUCUAUAUUCAUAUAUAUAUAUAUAUAUAUAUAUAUAUAUAUAUAUAUAUAUAUAUAUAUAUAUAUAUAUAUAUAUAUAUAUAUAUAUAUAUAUAUAUUUUCUACACUAUUCUUUCAACUCAGUGUGAGUGUUUUUCCAAAAACAUCUCAUCUCUACAUAUCUGUUUUGUAUGUAUGUGUCUAAGACACCACCAGGCCCGGACUGGCAAUCUGUUGUUCUGGCAAAUGCCCCGAGGGGCUGCUAUAAGGUGCCAUAGAAAGUCAGUAUUUAGUUUGCUGGUGGGGUCAUACAAUGACUGUAUGAUCCCCAUGAUAUACGGUCUGUUAUUUUGUGUAACACAAUGGGAUGCUGUGCUGCUUUUUAAAUUAAAUCUUAUAUUCUGUCUGAACUUGUGAGUUUCCCUGGCACAGCCUUCCUCUCAGUGCACCACCUAGGGGUGGCACAUUGCGAGUACACUGCACCCAGGAUGCGGAGAAGUCAGCCUGCGCAUAUAAAAUCCAGAAUGUAAAUUCUGUUAGAAAAGGGGUUUAGGAAUUGUCCUGCUGACUAUGGGGAAUAUUGCAGAAUUCACAUGCCCUACUGAAAUCCCUCUGCAUUAACCUUUAACUUCCUAUUAAAGCUUUUCUCAUGUUUUACACUGAAUAGUCCGAUUUAAAAAUUACACUAACAAAUAUAAGUUCCUUGUGCAGAAACAGUACUUUGUUAUAUUCACAAAUCCACUCGUAAAGCUGUUUUAAAUACUUUUUAUGUCAAAGAAUUUUCCUUUGUAUGAUGUUACAAAAUAUACUUGAAGCUUUAGCAAAUAAACAAUUAUCUGGAAUAAGUGAAA